AUGUUUCCAAAGUUUAGUUCUAUUUGUCAGUUCAGAAUGAGUGUUUGGCGUGUGGUUUUGUUCAAUGUUUGGGUGCUAUGCACCUCAACGGUAGUCUGCGGUAAUGAAGUUAACGUCCUGAAUUCUUCCCUCACCGGCUAUGGAUACGAAGUGUUAUCGGCCAGGAUGGAAUAUCUGAAGUACAAGCUGAUCGAGAUGGAUUUAACGCUAAAGGAGGAUCGAGAGUCAACCAGCCAGCAGAUUGCACACCAGGCAACCCUUUCCGAUGGAAUGCUGUUUGCAUUAAACCAACUUAGCCAGUCGUUGGGCCACAAUCUUACGGUGUUGCAGACUCAGUCGAAUAAAAUACUCUCGCAGCAGGUGGCUUGCGCCAGCCAUGAACAGAUGAGAAAGGAGAUCCUGACGAUAGCACAAAAGGAAGCGCCACUCAUCGCGAAUUCGUUCGGUGGAAUUGGUUUGAAUCGUGUCGGUAACGCAUUUAGAUCAUGUAAGGAAGAACCAACAAAGAAAACGGGCAAAUACUUCAUCCAACCAACCGCGAACGACGAACCCUUCCAGGCCUAUUGCGAACAGACCCGGUUCGGUGGUGGGUGGCUCGUGGUUCAAUUGCGCUUCGAUGGAUUGCUGGACUUCCAUCGCGACUGGAUCGAAUAUCGGGAUGGUUUCGGCAGCAUCGAUCGUGAGUUCUGGAUCGGAUUGGAACGUCUGCAUCGGUUGACGUCGGAACGACCUCACGAGCUGAUGGUGGAGCUGGAAGAUUUUGCCGGGAAUUAUGUGUACGCACGGUACAAGGAGUUUGAGGUGGGCAGUGAGGUGGAUCAAUAUCCGUUGAAGAAGGUGGGCGCCUACUCGGGGACGGCCGGGGACUCAUUGACUUACCACAAGGAUAUGAAGUUUACGACCGUCGAUCGCGACAAUGAUGAAAAUGCUGCUAAUAACUGCGCCGUAUUAUAUGAUGGUGCUUGGUGGCAUAAUAAUUGUCAUUAUUCCAAUUUAAAUGGGGUCUAUAAGGAAGGCGAGCAUGCACAUCACAUAAAUUGGUAUUAUUAUACGAAGGCUCAUCUAGGUUUGGCAUACACGAGAAUGAUGAUUCGUGAAACUAAUUAA